CAUCACCCUAAUAUACCAUGGCCACAUCCGUCGUCACUGGACACUCAUUUGCGCGUUUUGUCGCGUCACACCUGGACGAACAAUCGCAUAGCAUCUCUUCUCCUGCCAACGUUUGCACAUCUACCUCGCUGCCUGCAACUAACGGUCAUAAUGGCGCGCCUGUAACAACCGACGAACUUGCGCAAGCAAUUGCGAGUGUCGACGUGGAGAUACAGGCUAUCAAGGCGCAAGUUUACAAAAAGCUACUCGCCAACUACAAUGCUUUCUCAGAGUCGUUUGAAUACUCAUUGGAGCUUAAGGACAAGAUAGAUGACCUACUUCAGCAAGUAGACAGUAUUGCGACGCAAACUAUGGACUCUGAGACAGGUUUGAGACAACAGGUCAUGUCUGCAUUAGUGGAUCACCAUGAAAUUUCAUACAAGGUGCAGGAGAGCAACGCCAUCCUGGACGGCUUGAACCAUUUUUCAAGGAUUAAUGAUAUCCUUUCCGAGUACGAAGGCUAUAUGGACGCAGGGAAGAUUCUUCAGGCAGGACAUUGUAUCCAGCAAGCAGCCAAACUCCUUGCGCAGCCUCCUAGUCCAGGAGUUGCCGCUUCACAAAUUACUAAGUCUCUGACUGAUCAGUGCUCCAAGAUGACCGAGGCCAUAGAUCAAAUGUUGGAUGAGCUAGUCGCUGGUGCUAUAUAUCUCGAACUUCCAACGGAACAGAACGGCGGCAUUUUUAAACUCAAUUUAUCCUAUGAUGUUAAAGUCCCAACACUUACGCACUAUCGCUCCAGCUCAAGAUCAGCACCGGGAACUGUAAGAUGGCACGAGCUCAUACGAACACUAAUGCUCCUGGAUGUCAUCAACGAUAAACUCAAGGUUGUACAAAAUACCCUUAUUCGUCAUUUGCUGCAACCGCUUAUUCGAGAUCACGGAAAUGUACGGUUGGCCAUCGAGAAUUCUGGAGAUUAUGCCUCCGCACACCAUUCAACUAUCGCACUUAUUCCAGAAAAUAGUAACGGAGCAGACACUUUAUUUAAUCAAAUCUUUAGCGUGUUUCAAUUCCUAUAUCGCGAUGUCUUUUUGAGUGACUACUCAAUAGCGGAGUUCAACAAUAGAAAGGAUCCUUCCGAUACCGAAAAACUGGUACACUUUAUUGGGCGCAAUAUUGCAAAGAAGACAUGUGCCAUGGUUUCAGUUGACCAUCUCUCGAAACUUGUGCCAACCAACGUUGAGGAAUUGAACCAAUUUGGGCCCAUCGCAACGGCUGCUAUUCAAUUCGAAGAGAAGCUUAUUGCCAUGGGCUAUCUGACUGCUGACGAUAGAGUCCUCCGCGACUUUGUUGAACAUAUUGAUGUUCACUACACUAAUCAUAAGAGGGAUGCGCUCUUGAAGAUUGGGCGUGCUGUAAUCAUGAGCGAUGAUUUCAAAACCAUUCAUGUAAGGGAGUUGGAUAGGCAAGACGAACUCGAGAAAGAUAUCCAUAGUUGGGAUAGUAUUAAAGACCCUGAAAUGGACCUGAAAGAUUCAUCAAUCAGUAUGAAGUCUAAGCAGAUCGUUGAUAUGAUCACGAGCACUCUUGGCGAAGCCAUGUCGCUCAACGAAGAGGCUUCUAGGCAUCUCUAUCAAGCCACACGGUCAUUAAUCGAUCUUUACCGAGCCUUAAUGCCAGUUCAUCAUGCAAGGACUUUGGGGAAUGUGCCAGCUCUGGCAAUCCUUUUCUUUAAUGAUUGUAUGUAUAUUGCGCGCGAACUGGAGAAGGUGCCUGCAAGACUGGAAAGUGGAAUUCCCGGAUUGGAUGAGGUUCAAUAUGAUGAUGUUAUCCCUGGGCUAAAGGAUUUGGCUAAAAAAUGGCUUGAUAUUCAAGUGCAAAAACAAUUGGAUGAACUAAUGCAGAGUGUAGACGAGGCACGGGGUUUCAGAGACUCCAGUGUUGAAAGUAAUUUUGCUGCUUAUGAGAGAUCUAUGAAGCAGGUUGUUCUUGUCUUCAAGCAUCUAGGCAAAGCUUGGAAGCCGAUCAUGUCACCUAUGUCGUUUUAUAAGGUUCUAGGCAAACUACUUGAUGAUACAAUCAUGCGAGUAAUCCGUGAGCUUGAAGGUUUGACAGAUAUUUCUGAACAAGAAUCACAUAAGCUUGCAGCUUUAUGUGGGGUUUUGUUUGAAUGCGAAGAUCAAUUCGACCAUGCUAGUCCCCUUGUAGAGCUUAUAAGAGGCGAUGCAUAUGAGGAUGAGGACCCGAUUUAUCAUUUUGUGCUGUCUUGGAAAAAGUUUCAGCUCUUAGCUGAUAUUCUUGAAUUGUCAUUUGCUGAGAUCAUGACCCGCUUUAGAGCUGGACAACUCUAUAUGUUUCAAGUGCGUGAAUUGUCGAACCUUUUGUGUGCAUUAUUUGCCGACACACCUCUUCGUCAACGCAAUCUGGAAGAGAUCGAAAAAGGCCACCCAAUGCCAUUGCUUCGAAGUUAAACAAAUGUGUAGUUAAAUGAUAGUAGAU